AUGGGGCGGAUCGAGAUCGAUUGGAAGGACGUGUUUGUCAGCUCACCGUCCCGCGACCGCGAGGUCGACGUCUGCUUCGCCUCCCCCUCGUCGGCGCCGCGCGCCUCCGCGGCGAAGGCGGCGGCGACGCGGGCGCGGGCGUUGGGCGUCGCCAAGGCGUUAUCGGGCGACGAGCGGCGGCGGGGGUCCCCAGACAGCCACCAUCGGAGGAAGUUCGGGACGCUGCGCGACGAUGUCGACUGGUGCGUGGCCGAGCGCCGCACCGCCGCGUACGGGGGUGACGGUGCGCGCCGCCGACCAGUGACCCGCGCGGCCGCCAAGGCUGCUGAUGGUCGGGGACAGGAUGCUCAUACCGCUUCUAAGGCUGUGUUUGAUUUCAGUCAGGAAGAUGAGCAGUCGGUACGUGAGGGCAACAGAUUCUGUUCGAGGUUGCCUCCUAUUCAGAAAAAUAAAUAUGGCAAGUUACCUUUGAAUACACUCAAAAGCCAAGGGCGUGCGGGGAAAAGGAAUCCUAUAUCGGUGGACAAGAUGUACUCGAGCCAACCAAGUUCCACAUCUUUAUCUGCAAAGAGGACUCAUGCCAUUGAUCCAGAGGUAUCUGAUCAUGAAAAAUGUCAGAAGGUUGAGAGCUCCCUCCACAGAAGAUUCUCUAAGAGGAGGAAGGAACAGCUUCAGAAUUCAUCUUCCGUUUAUUCUCGAAAGGUUCAAGAUGUGGUUCUAUUGGAUGAUGAAGAUAUGAAACCUGAGGAAGAAGUAAACUGUGAGAUGUCUGACAGACGGAAUGAACCGAAGAUCUACUACUACCCAUCGAGAGAUAAUAGAGAAUCUGUGGAGCUCACCAGAUCUGAUAUUAAAUGUCUUGAUCCGGGAGUAUAUUUGUCAUCACCGGUGAUAAACUUCUACAUCCAGUACAUCAAAAGGAACAGAUUGUGUACUGAAGAUUUCAGAGACAAAUUCUACAUAUUUAACACGUAUUUUUAUGGAAAGCUUGAAGAAGCAUUGCAUUGUCCGGAUGAGUUCUCAAAGUUGAGAAGAUGGUGGAAAGGUGUCAAUAUAUUAAAUAAAGCAUACAUCAUCUUGCCGAUCCAUGGGACGGCGCACUGGAGCUUGGUAAUCAUUUGCAUUCCUGCAAAAGAGAGUAUUUCAGGACCAAUCAUACUUCAUCUGGACUCCCUAGCGAUGCAUCCCAGUACUAAGAUCUUGAACACAGUUGAGAGAUACCUUGAAAAAGAAUGGCGCCAACUAUCAUCAAUUUUAGGGACAACAUGGAAGGAUCUUAAAAGUAAUAUACACAAGGAAAGCGUCGAGGUACAUACAAAUAAUGAGUAUGACUGUGGCAUCUUCAUGCUUUAUUAUAUUGAACGGUUUAUAGAAGAGGCACCAGAAAGAUUCACAAUUGAUAAACUUGAUAUGUUUGGUCGGAGUUGGUUCAAACCUGAAGAAGCAUCUGAUCUAAGGCAGAGAAUAAGAGAGCUACUGCUGGAAGAAUUUGAAAGUGCCAAGCUGGAUGAUGCUUUAUCAGGAGCAGAUGCAUCUGAUCCCGAUGACAGCACAAAGGAGGGAGAACUGAAAGCAGAUGCACCUUCUGACAGUUCAGAAAUGGUCGUAGAGGUGGUAGGAGGGUUGGGAAGCACUGUCAAGAGCAAUGAAGGCAUCAAGGUUGUAGCAUCAGAAGAGGCAAGUGGAGAGUCAGGAGAUGCUGGUAAGAGUACUGAAGGCAUUGUUGCAGCAUCAGAAGAAAAAAGUAUUGAAGGCGUCAAUGUUGCAGAACCAGAAGAAGCAAGUGAAGAGUCUAGAGAUGCUUCUAAGAGUAUAGGAGGCAUCAACGUUGUAGAAUCAGAUGAAGCAAGUAGGGAGUUUGGAGAGACCGGUAAGACCAACAAAGGCACCAAGGUUGCAGUGUCAGAAGGAGCAAGUGUGUCUGGAUACACUGAUAAUAGUAUGGAAGACAUCUCUGACUCUGAGGUUGCAGUAUUAGACAAAGCUCCAACUAGCAGCUACAAACGCAAAAGGAAGACCACAAGUGGAGAGUCUGUGGAUGCUGGUAAGAGUAUUGAAGGCAUCAAUGAUUCAGAACCAGAAGAAGCAAGUGAAGAGUAUAGAGAUGCUGGUAAGAGUAUAGGAGGCAUCAAUGUUGCAGAAUCAGAUGAAGCAAGUGUGGAGUUUGGAGAAGCUGGUAAGAUUAACAAAGGCACCAAGGUUGCAGUGUCAGAAGGAGCAAGUGCGGAGUCUGGGCACGCUGAUAAGAUUGUGGAAGACAUCUCUGACUCUGAGGUUUCAGUAUUAGACAAAGCUCCAACUAUCAGCUACAAACGCGAAAAGAAGGCCACAGCCUGUGUUCUAUCAGAAGCAGCUUCAUUUUCGGAUAGCGUCAAAGAUGAAGAAGGUACGGUGAAAGCAGAUUCUGGCAGCUCAAAAGCUGAGAAAGAAGGCGAUUUGAUUGUAAUAGCAUCGCCGGAAAGAUCGGAGGGGAAUGAUGAGAUCAUUGGUAGCUCGCGAAUUCCAGAUGUAGUUUGUGACAGCUGCGACAGUGACACAGAUGCCACGAACUACAUGCUCAGCUCCAAGGUGAACGAGGAGCUGGUGGCGGCGGCCAGGGUGGAGGAGGGUGACGUCGUUCUCGAGAUCGGCCCGGGAACCGGCUCGCUCACCGCCGCGCUGCUCCAGGCCGGCGCUACCGUCUUCGCCGUCGAGAAGGACAAGCAUAUGGCUACCCUCGUUAAAGAUAGGUUUGGAUCUACAGAACAGUUGAAGGUCAUUGAAGAUGACAUCACAAAAUUUCACAUCCGUUCCCAUUUUCUUCCUUUGAUGAAGGAGAAAUACUAUGCCACCAAAAAACUUGCAAAGGUUGUAUCAAACUUACCAUUCAAUGUCAGCACCGAAGUUGUCAAACUACUUCUCCCAAUGGGGGAUGUUUUCUCUGUCGUGGCGCUUAUGCUUCAGGAUGAAACAGCAGUACGCCUUGCAGAUGCUUCAAUACAAAUUCCAGAGUACCGACCUAUCAACGUGUUUGUGAAUUUCUACUCAAAACCUGAAUACAAGUUCAGAGUUGACAGAGAGAAUUUUUUCCCUCGGCCAAAGGUUGAUGGUGCUGUUAUCAGCUUCAAACUAAAGAAUGCGGAGGAGUAUCCGCCAGUUAGUUCCCCGAAAAGCUUCUUUUCAAUGGUGAAUUCUGCUUUCAUGGGGAAGCGCAAGAUGCUUAGGAAAUCUCUUCAGUACCUAUGCUCUUCCUCUGAGAUCGAGGCUGCUCUUGACAACAUUGGCCUUCCAGUUACAGCUAGACCUUCUGAUCUGAUUUUGGAUGAUUUCGUGAGAUUGCACAAUCAUCUGGCGAAAGUGCCUUCAGCUCAGCUGCCGCAGCACAGAAUGAGGCCAGUUUUUUGUGGGAACCUUGAUUAUGAUGUUCGCAUCUCCGAGAUCGAGCGCCUUUUCGGGAAGUAUGGAAGGGUGGAACGAGUGGAUCUGAAGACAGGGUUUGCAUUUGUCUACAUGGAAGAUGAACGUGAUGCUGAAGAUGCUAUCCAUAGACUUGAUGGAAUUGAUUUUGGCAGAAAAGGAAGGAGAAUCAGAGUUGAGUGGACAAAGGAGGAUCGCACUGCUGGUCGAAAAGGCAGCUCAAGGAGAUCUCCAACCAAUGCAAGACAGACCAAAACCUUGUUUGUUAUCAACUUUGACCCGAUCAACACAAGAAUUCGAGAUCUGGAGAGGCACUUUGAUAAAUAUGGCAGGGUUGCAAAUGUAAGAAUCAAAAAGAACUUUGCCUUUGUCCAGUUUGAGGUGCAGGAGGAUGCUACUAGAGCAUUGGAGGGUACUAAUGGAAGCCAUUUCAUGGACAGGGUCAUCUCAGUUGAGUAUGCACUUCGUGAUGACGAUGAAAAAGGUGAAAGAGGGAAUGGAUACAGCCCAGACAGGAGAGGUCGUGAAAGAUCCCCAGGUAGAAGGCGUUCUCCUAGUCCUUACGGCAGAGGAAGGGAGAGAGGUAGCCCAGACUACGGAAGAAGCAAGGAGAGGGGGAGCCCAGACUAUGGCAGGGGAGGACGCAGCCCUGAUAAUGGCAGGGUAGGACACAGCCCCGAUAAUGGCCGUGGAGUAAGCCCAAUCAAUGGUGGCAGAGGUGAUCAUGGCAGGGGAGGACGCAGCCCUGACUAUGAUCGUGAGCGCCGGGAAGCUAGCCCUCGUCGUGAGCGCCGGGAAGCCAGCCCCGGCUAUGACAGGUCCCCCAGCCGCUCACCUGGGAGGGACGAGAGAGACUAG